UUGGCCUUGCUCCAACGAGCAACAUUUGGUGGAUACUCUUUCACAAUGACUAUGGCUAAUACCCACUGCAGGAGAAGCCAGUACGAUUGUGACGAGAACACCAAGGACAUUGAAUUCGACUUGGACAAUGAAAGCUACCAGUUCUUCACGAACGACGUCGCCGUGAAGACGUACAUCUGCUAUAAGGGUAAACGGAACUACCUGCUCAACGCCAUCAACCCGGACGAAGACCAGAACACCCACCCCUGGCUGCUCCCCGGUGGAGACCACACCAAUUUGGACGGCACCAAAUGGGGCGGGGUCACCGUAGCGGACAUCGUGGAAAGCAGCGUGGAGGGAUGGCUCGCCAACGGCCAGAAGAACGGAUGGGCGAGGCCCGACAUGCAAGGAAUUGUCACGAGUCUCGGCGAAACCCAAUACAGCAUCCGCACUCCAGGCUUCUUCGACAUCCCCGUCUGUGAGGUUCAAAGAGAUAUCGUGUGGAAUAUGGUCAAGGAAGACGGCUCGGCCCCGUUCUGGCCAUGCGGCCCGCCUGAGAAUUACAACAAGGAGGGCACCGACAUCGUGAGUACUUCCUGAUUUCUAUGAAGGAGCAUCACUCACACAUUGCCUGACAGAAAAUCGACAAGGGAUGUAUGAU